AUGAGGAUCCAUUACCUCCUCCUCACAUUUCUCCUGGUGCUGCUGUCACCUUUUUCAGCUUUCACCCAAAGAAUCAAGAACCCUGUAACUUGCCUCACCAAUGGAGGUAUAUGCUGGGGUGCAUGUCGUGGAAAUUUUCGACAGAUUGGCACGUGUGGCAUUCCUAAAGUCAGGUGCUGCAAGAGAAGAUAA